AUGUUGGUAAUACGCCACGUAUCUAAGUAUCAUCCAUUUUCACAGCCUUCAAAAGCAACAACUGUUCCUAUACCUGACAAUAUUACAAUAUCUGAGCCAGAUGUAAUACCAGACAAAUUAGAUGAAGCCGAUGAUGAGUUCAGUAUUGAAAUAGAAGAUCGCCUCGAUGAUGAAAUACAAAGCUUUAAUGAUGAUGACACCAAAAUAGCGCAACGUUGGAAGCAGCUCAAGCAGCAUAUACUCAACCAGCAGCAACAUAGGGGGGCGCAACGUGACGAGCAGCAGCAGCAGCCGCUGCAGCCGCAAGCAAAAUCACAAGCGCAAUUGCUACAACAACAACAAAAACAACAACAGCAGCAAUUACAGCCGCAGGCAAAGCCCCAGCCGCAGCAGGCGCUAGAGCAAUUAGCUGGGCAAAAACAUCAACUACAGCAGAAGCAACAGCAGCAGCAUCGUGUCGCGACUGUAGCUGUAUCUGUACCAGCAACAACAAGCGGCACAUCGACAUUUAAUACCGCUAACCCAACAACCACAACAAUAACAACGGCAACAACGGCGGCCAGAGUCUUCUCGCGUUACGAUAGCAUUGAGGAGCUGCAGCAGCGUAAGAGCCGAAGUGGAAGCGCAAUUGGAAUAGCGUCAGCGGUCGGAGCACAGGGUGCACAAGGCGCUCGUGGUAGCAUAGCGAUCGGCAGUGGAGCUGGAGUGGGUGCUGGUGGUGCUGGUAUUGGAAUUGGCGGCAGUGGGAGUGGUUUGUAUGCAUCUGCGGGGACGCGUUUACCAGUAGCAGGUGGCGGAAGCGGAAGCGGCGGCGGAGGCGGUGUUGGUGUGCGCGGUUCACGGAGUGGUAGCAUAGCAGUUGGCUUAGAUGGUCAUCGUACAGUGCUGAGUCCCAGUGGUGCAGGAGCAGGUGCAUCCUCCGCGGUUAGUCAGCAGUUAGGUAGGGGGAGCGUGAAUGGCUAUUCAUCGUCGGUAGCAGCAGCAGCAGCAGCAGCGGCGGCAGCAGGUGGUGGAGGUGUUGGUAGUGGCAUUGGCGGCAGUAGUGGUGGCACACAAUUGAUAGGCGGUGGUACGGCGACGGCGCGAGCGCGACUCUCGAUUAGCUCACCAUCAGGCGCUGGUGUAACAGCAGCAGCGGCAGCAACGCACGGUAGUCUAACAGCUCCGGUAGCGGCAGUGCCGCUAGUGUUGGCCAAGGCGGUGCUGGUACUGGUGUAA